GUACGGCUGAGAUCUACCAAUUUAAAUCCAACGGUUCAUGAUUCAUCUAAGGCUUCUCUAGCCCCAUAGAUACCUCAAGCUUUAGCAUUCACGUCAAACAAGUUUCAGGCUCGUCUUUCUCAUGUUCGGAUCUGUUUACGGAGAAAGGAAAGGGAACAAGGGCUUUUUGUUGUUGUUGCAGAAUACCCAUGUUAGGCUGUUUCUGUCUCGUGACGAAUCUCUCAUUUGACCUCUCCAUGUGAAGAAUACCAGUUUGUGCAUAGUAUGGGAAGUCUUUUGCUGUAUGGUUAAGUUGUGAGGAAGGAGAAGGAGGGUGCGUUUGUGUUCGCGAGGUUCUUCAGGUUGGGUUUUUUGUUUGAGAAUCUCAUUUCCUCUGUAGACAUUGAAUCAGAUCGAGUGAGUCCACCAUGGAAGGGUUUUCAGGUAACCAGCAUGAUAAAACGAGAGUCUUCGAUGUGAAACCACUUCGUUCUCUAAUGCCGAUUUUCCCUGAUGCCAAACAAGGUCCACCCUUUGUGUGUGCACCUCCCUUUGGACCUUUUCCAUCUGGGUUCUCACCGUUUUAUCCAUUUAGCUCACCUCAAGCACAGCCACAAGAACAAGCCCAGCCACAGGCACAGUCACGAGAACAAGCACAACCACAGGCACAGACACAAGAACAAGCACAUGCAUACCAACACACCCCAGAUCUGAAUCAAUCCCAAAGGGGUCAAGCUUCAUUUGUCACUCCCCUUAGGACCUUUAGAACAGACGAUUUGCCUAAUGGCCACUCAGAGCACGAGGAAUCCAAUUCCUUAAAAAGGAAGAGUAGAAAGACCAAGAAAACUCCGACUCAAUUUGGUUCUGGCGAGGGUGCUGCAGUGUCUGGUGGAGGUUUUGUCAGUGGGAUUAGCGUACCAGACCGGGAGAAUGGUAAUAGGGAGUUGGUGAUCAAUGUGCUUUUGCGAUUUGAUGCGCUCAGAAGGAGAUUUGCCCAACUGGAGGACGCAAAGGAAGCAGUCAGUGGUGUUAUCAAACGUGCUGAUCUGAAAGCUGGAUCUUCUUGCAUGAGCAAAGGUGUGCGAACAAACAUGACAAAAAGGCUUGGAAUUGUUCCUGGGGUUGAGAUUGGGGACAUAUUCUUCUUUAGGUUUGAGAUGUGUUUGGUGGGAUUACAUUCUCCAUCGAUGGCUGGCAUCGACUAUAUGGUUAUCAAGGAUGACGCAGAUGAAGAUCCUGUUGCUACUAGCAUUGUUUCAUCUGGAUAUUAUGAUAAUGAUGAAGCUAAUUCUGAUAUUUUAAUUUAUAGUGGCCACGGUGGGAAUGCUGACAGAGAUAAGCAAGCAUCUGACCAAAAGCUUGAACGGGGUAAUCUUGCUCUGGAGAGGAGUUUGCGGCGGUUUAGCCCUGUAAGAGUCAUACGUGGCUUUAAAGAUGCCUCCAAGAAUGGCAGUCCUAAGAUCUAUAUUUAUGAUGGCCUGUACGAAAUCAAAGAGUCAUGGGUAGAGAAAGGGAAAUCUGGGCACAAUACUUUCAAGUAUAAAUUGGUGAGAAUUCCUGGCCAGCCUCCUGCCUUUGCUGUCUGGAAAUCAGUCCAGAAGUGGAAGGAAGGUUUUCCCUCAAGGGAGGGCCUUAUUCUUCCUGAUCUCACUUCUGGGGCUGAAAGCAUACCUGUUUCGCUCGUGAAUGACAUUGACACUGAAAAGGGCCCUGCUUAUUUCACCUACUCUCCAACAGUAAAGUACUCGGAACAGUUCAGACUAGUUCACCCUUCCUCUGGAUGUGACUGUCACCCAGCAUGCAAACCCGGAAACCUAAACUGUUCCUGCAUCCGGAAAAAUGACGGUGAUUUCCCUUACACGGGUAAUGGGAUUCUAGUUUCUCGGAAGCCGGUGAUAUAUGAAUGCAGCCCAGCAUGCCCAUGUAUGAAUUGCAAAAACAGGGUAACCCAAAUGGGAUUGAAAGUUCGGUUGGAAGUUUUCAAGACAGCGAAUAAGGGUUGGGGCUUACGGUCAUGGGAUCCUAUCCGAGCUGGUUCUUUUAUAUGUAUAUAUGCAGGAGAAGCCAAAAACAAGUCCAUGUUGCAAGGAGCUGUGGCUGAUGAUGAUUACACCUUUGAUACAACCCGGGCUUAUACACCCUUUAAGUGGAACUACGAACCGGGCUUGGCAGAGGAGGAUAAUUCUGAGGAGAUAUCUGAAGAUUUCUAUAUACCAGCACCACUUGUAAUCAGUGCAAAGAAUGUUGGAAAUGUGGCUCGGUUCAUGAACCACAGUUGCUCUCCAAAUGUCUUCUGGCAGCCGGUUAUGUAUGAGCAUAACAAUCAAUCCUUCUUCCAUGUCGCCUUUUUUGCCCUUUCGCACAUCCCUCCCAUGACCGAACUAACAUACGAUUAUGGAGUUUCUCGUCCAAGUGGAACAGAGGCAGGUGCUCCUCUGUAUGGGAAGAAGAAAUGUUUGUGUGGAUCAGAGUACUGCCGGGGAUCAUUCGGUUGAUCGUGGUAAGAAAUGACGCUUGGCAAGUAACUGGAGCCAGUGAUUUUUAUGACAAAAGCCGAAAUGUCGAAUGCUCGGUGGAAUAGGGUGGUUUCGGGGCAACUAAGAAAGAAGAAGAUGCAAGUUUGUGAAGGAAUUUUUUUGUGGCAUCUCCCUCAAAACCCGAAGAGGCUCAAGCAUCUAUCUAAUCUGUCGGAAUGUAAACAUUUCGCUCGCCCCCAUGUUUUCCUUUUAACUUGUUGGAGAGUUGGAGAUGUGAUGAUAGUGUUAAGAAAUAUAUCUCAGGACAAAUUUCGGUUUCCAGUUUUGACAUCAUGGGUCUGUUUGGAUAAAUCA